AUUGCUGACCCUGAGACCUGUGACCAAAUGUACGAGAGCUUAGUUAGAAUCCACACCAACUACUACAAAAACAAGUACCCACGCCUGAGAGACACCAGCUUCACUGGAGUGACAGUAGAAGACUGCAGGAUGAUACUGGCAACAGACGUUAUGAAACAGAUGGAAGACAUGCAAAAAGGGACAUGGAAAAAACUGCGAGAGAGGUUUUCUGCCAAGAAAGCUGAAGAGGACUCCAAGUGA